AUGCACCAAAACAUCCUCACGGCGAUUGUGGCGGUCGGAAUGGGUCUCGGAAUCUUUGGAAAUGUUAAUGUGAUCGUGGCGAUUUGCAGAAAAAAGAUACUGCGCACGAAAGGAGGUAUGAACAGAUUGUACUGGGGGGAACGGGAACGAAUCCGAUCAUAUUCCAGCCAUGUUCGUACUGGUGCUGGCAAUCACUCACUUGACCUGCAAUAUAUCCGAAGUCAUCGGCCUCAUCUUCAACUUUCGGUGAGUUCAUCAUACGGAUACUUUCAAGGCGGAUACUCCAAACAAAACUGAAAAUCUUGAAAAGUUAGGGAACGAAGGACCCAUCCCUCGACCUAGUUUGUUUGCAAGAACAGAAAUUCGUUUCAGGUACCGAACAGUGACUCGGAAAACGUGUUUCGAGUACAACGUAGUCUAUUCGUUCGCCGUAAUGUUCCAAUCCGCCCUUUACUUCUCCAUUGGGCUGGAUCUCUGCUUCAGCAUAGCUGUGCCCAUAAGGUAAGCACUCCAUUGUUUCUUCAAUUUCCUUCACAGGCAUUUCCAGACACAUGAUUUGGAAAAAAGCGCGUUACGUCGGCAUCAUGUGCCUUUUUCCGCUCUUCUACGCCGUCGCCACCACCAUUCUCGGCUUCAUUUUCAUUCCGGACGAGGAGACGCCGUAUUGCAUCUUCAUAUUGAGUACGUUUCCUCCUGCACGCACACAUGUUUCUCAUUAACACGUUCAGCGACGGAUCCGCGUAUAUUCCAACUCAUCUCCACAACCGUCAUCGUUCUCAACACUCUCACCCUCCUUAUUAUCGUCUUCUCUGUGCUCAGCGCCGUCAGAAAAUGUGGGAUCAUGUGAAGAGAGUAUUUUGAACGACGCAAGUCUAAUUUUCAGCUGAGGAUAUGAGAGGAAGUCGGCAUUCGAGCGGAUCCCGGACGAACAGUCUCCGCGAAGAAAAGCACAAAGUGUUCCGAUCGACGUUCUUCCUGCUGCUCGUCUACAUCGUCUCCUGGUGGCUGGCGGUUAUCAUCUCCAGAAUAUUAGUCGAAUUGUUUGACGACGUCAACGACGUUUUUCUCUACAUGCCAUACGUGGUACCUUUGACUUCUGAUUCCUCCGUCAUUCCAUUCAUUUCAGACGAUUCUGUUGAUGCCCAACUUCUGCCAAGCCUAUUAUGUUACCUACUUGCGUUCUCCACGCUUCCGAAAAGCAUUCCAGGAGCAAAUGUAUUGGGUUUCAUGCGGACUCGCGUUUCCGUACAUUUUCCGGGACCGAACGAUGAAAGGGGCCGACGCGAGCAAGCCGGGAAGCACGACAAACUCGGCCAAUCAGCACCUUCAUCGGCACGGAAGCGACGGACAGAAGCCGAAGAACGGAAGUCAGAAGUCGAUUAGGUUUUCCGUUCAAGUAUGAUUCUUGCCUUCAAUGAUCUCUAUCCGUGUUCUCUCUAGCCAUAUCUGAUAGAUCUCUUACUUUUUUCAAACGAUUCGACUCGUGCAAUCAAUCCUGUGCCAGACCUGUAAAUAAAGUUGUCACUGAUCAUUUGAUCACCAGUCCCGAUGAUCACAUUUUCGGUCCCAAGGUUCAAAAUCACACGAGAAAGGUGCAAUUAACCCACAAAACCAACGAAGCCGACGAUUGCCGAAUGUGUCAAUUUGCAUGUGACCCCGAUCCGAUUGAGUAUAAAAUGAAACUAAAGUGAGGUUUACGUCACCGACACUCAACGAAAUGAGGCAAGAUAUUCAGUGUUUGAGGGGUGUUGCCAUCACUUUUGUGGUCAGUUAUCACUUGCAUCCCUCCUUUUUUGUGAACGGUUUCCUGGGAGUUGAUAUGUGAGUGGACCCCAAAUAACAUAACAGUGCACUUCACGCAAAUUCUGUUCAGAUUCUUUGUGAUAUCAGGAUUCCUAAUGGCCAAGAACUUGACAAAGUCAAAAAUUGAGAAUGUGUUCGAUAUUCUAAAGUUCUACUACAGAAGAUUCAAACGAAUUCUUCCCCUCUACUACCUGAUCAUAUUCGUCUCACUCAUCCUCGUUCAUUUGUAUCUGGGAGAUUUUUGGUGGAGCACCAACAGAAGAUACUCACUCGCCUCGCUGUUUCUCGUCACAAAUCAAUUGAUCAUUCAUGACAGUGCCGAUUAUUUCAGAGAAGUUCACAUUCAUAUUCAUAGACAAUUUCAAUCCUAUUUCCGUUCGAUUCUUUUCAGUUCCUCGCCGACUGUUCCUCCAUGAACGCUUUCAUUCAUUUGUGGUCCCUAGGCGUUGAAAUGCAAUUUUACCUGCUCGUGCCAUUCAUAUUCUUCGCCCUCCAAUUCCUGAAAAACGACCUGCUGCGGUUGAUAGCCGUUUCUAUUGUGACUAUUGUCGGAUUCCUAUGCUUUGCCCUCAUCAAUUCGCAGUUCGCCUUCAACUUUAUGUUGCUCCGUCUCUGGCAAUUCUCCGCCGGAUUCGUGGCCCUGUUCUGGAGCAAAAUCUGUUUUUAUGAGUACUCGGAGAAGUUGAAGCCGGCCAAAGUCGAAAUGAUUCUUCCGAUUCACAAAGAAGAUCUCGUCACUGUCGCCGUUUCCGUUCUCUUUCUCUGUUUGAUACCGACCAAGAUCGAAGUGACUGUGCUCCGGCCGUUGGUGACUCUGGCUGCUGCAUUUGUGAUCGCGUGGGAAUCCCAAGAGAGUCAGGUGAGCUCAAAACGAUGUAUCGUGUCUUGCCUGUAGAGAUAUCAAAAAGUGGUCAACCGAUAAAAUGUGCACAAUGUUUCAAAGAGCAAUUUGUCAGUUGACAACAUUUUGAUACAUCCACACGCGCAUGAGAUAUAUCGUCUUGAACAAAUGGUAUCCUAAUUCAGUUUUUGAAAAGUCCGAACCUCGUCUACCUUGGCGACAUUUCCUAUGUCGUUUAUCUCGUUCACUGGCCGAUUAUUGCAAUUUUCAACGGAAACACGGUCAAAUGCCACGUCUUCUGCAUUCGUGAGUUGUUCAUUUGUCGGCGGAAAUCAGUUAGAUUUCAUUUCAGUCGUCACUUUCAUCGCCUCUGUUCUUCUCCAUCAUCUUCUGGAAAAACAGUACACGAAGUUCGAUAUCAAAGCAAUUGUUCCCCUGAUUUUCGUGCUUGUCUUGGCCAACGCCUACUUGCAAAACAGUGUAAGAGAGCACAAAUUCUGGAACUCGACAUUCCCUGAUGAUCUUCAAAUGAUUGUCGAUCGGAACAAGAUGUUCCUUCCGAAUCUUUGGGAAAACGAGCCCCGGAAGGACGAGUGCAUUGAAAGCAGAUUGGAAGAUGUGGACAGUGAGAAGGUGUUCGGAUAUUGUCGUUACCCGGUUUGUAUUGUUUUGUGCUACUAGAGAAGAGUGUACGAAUGAUUUUCAGAAGGGACACGGGAAUUUGUCAGUGAUGAUGAUAGGAAACAGUUAUGUGAUGAACUUCGGAGAGCAUAUCCGUGCACAUUUCAACUACAAUUACUCGGACUAUAGAUAUAUUUCGAUUGGCGGUUAGAUAUUCGUACACUUUGGAAACGAGCGAAUGAAUAUUCAAUUCAGAAAACUAUGGAUUCUACGCGGACAGUCCGUUCUCCAGAGUUGCUUUGGAAUUAUCGAGAAGACAAGUUGAAACACAUCGUCCAGACGUUCUGAUGAUUGUGUCAAGGUUCGAAAGAAGACGGACUUUCUUCUAGUUCAACUGAAAACACUUCCAGAUAUUCACCAUCUAUCAGAGACCGCGUGCAAGAGGAAGACGAAUACCUGAGGCAGAUGCACGAGAACAUUGCGUUUUAUGAAAGGUUUGUUAAGCUCUGAAUUCGAUUAUCAUAUCUAAAUUCCCGCAGAUUCGUAAAGAAGAUCUACAUUCUGGGCUCGCACCCUCUCUACAACCUCAACUUCCUCAACUUCUUCCUCCACUACGCCACCCAGAAGCCGGACGAACUGGAAUCGCUGCAUUUGGACAAAAGUGUGGCGGACGAGGAGAUGCGGAAUGUGAAAAAGAGAUUUAAUCUGAUCAAGUGCCACAAGUGUCGGGUACCGUUUUUGUUACUGAUUCAGCGAUCCAUCUCGUUUUUCAGUUCUUCGACCUCAGCCACGUGUUCGCCGAGAACGGAAAGUACCUGACGUUCGACCGCGACGCGCUGCUCUCCUACGUAGACAACGGAAUCCACAUCACUGCGCCCGGAAUGAAACUGUGCGAACCCGUACUUGAAAGUGUGGUCAAGGAAAUUAUGGAGUCCAGUUGA